ACUAGUCUGCCGGAAACUCACACGAAGAAUUAACGGAAGUGAACAGUGACCAAGAACAAUUACCACGUUAGUGUUUUAUUGUUGUUAUUUCGAUGUAAAAAAAAUGACUAAUUUAACUGCACAGCAUCACAUACUUACCCCAUAUAGUGUUUAAUUCGCGUUGGAGACAGGACUUUGUUGAUAGACGUUAUUUAUGUUUGUACCGCAGGUUAGUUAGCAGCUAACAAUGGCAAACUGUGUGGUUUUUCACACUCAAAUAGCCUCCAUCAUGGAGGUGCUGGCGAAUGCAGCCGUGUCAGAGAUCUGUAAACUCGUAGACGACGACUAUGCAGUGUUUCGUUUAGAAAUAACUCAAAGCCAGAAAGAAAACAGGGCAUUACGAAGGAAACUACUAGAACUGAAGGUGGCACGGGAGCGCACAGAGAGGACAACGCGAGAGCGCGUCCUCGGCAGUCGUCCCAGUAGUGUCAAGAUCCUCGACCGAUACAGAGGAAUGACAAGAGGUGAAGGACAUCUAACUGGAGGCCACAGGAGCUUUGUGAAGCCAGUGGGACACAAUACAUGGAGAGAUGACCAACCAAUCACUGUUGAUGAGGGGAGUGGAUCCUCAACCCAGCACGUUAUCGUUAUAGAGGCUGCAGAUGCAGAGACUGCUGGUCUUGGAGUCAAGCAGGAGAGUUCUGAAGAAGAGGAGAACCAACGGCACAGCAGAAACGUCCAGACUGGAUCGGCAGGAGCGCCCUCUUUAGCCACGGCAAACCCCACCGCCACCACGCAGCCCAAUACCAGAUGCAGUGUCACAGAGGUCAGUGGAACGCUGAACGGCAUCCGCAAGUCAGAGACCGACACAGAGACUUUUACCGUAACACAGAGACCAGAGAGCCCAGAGAGACUGGGCCUUGGACCUCUGGGCUGUCAUCCUGCUCUCGGCUCAGAGUAUUUACUUUACGGUAACCCAAGCCUGAGGACAGUUCAUUCCCAUCGAGAUGCAGGUGACGUGUUAGAAACUGGCAAUGAUCAGUCUUGUUCUUACUCUACAAAGAUGGACCCUGGCAACAUUCCCUUGGAUUUAGAGACACAGACUGAUCUGUCUAGAGGGGACUGGAACCAGUACAGUAGUAGUGUAUACUCUGAAGGGUGCCUAGAUAAGAAAGGGGAGGUUAUAGUGGUAGAUGAGGUGAAAGUGGAGGGCGACGUUCCUCCCACAUGGAAUGCAGAUACUCACUUAGGAAAUGGACUCUCACAGGGCAGAGAUUUCUUAGAUUACAGGGAAAGCUUAGAGACUAAUCCAAAUGUCGCAACCCACUCCCCUUUAAACGACCUCACGGAUCGCAACCCAGUAUCCACGUCGAUGCGGCCUUCCGAUUCACACAGCCACGUCCUUUUCGAUCACGUAUUGAACUCAAACGACAGGGCUAGAGCCCAGACUCAGGGAGGGGGAGCCACAUCAGGCAAUAGUAAAGAGAAACGGUUCCUCUGCAUGUUCUGUAACAAAGGCUUCAGCUGCCCCCAGAAGGUGGAGAUCCACCAGAGGGUCCACACAGGGGAGAAACCCUUCAGCUGUACCCAAUGUCACAUGCGUUUUGCUGAGGCUGGCAACCUGAAGCGGCACCAGAGGGUCCACACAGGGGUGAAACCCUUCAGCUGUACUGAGUGUCAUAUGCGCUUCGCCCAGGCUGGUGACCUGAAGAGGCACCAAAGGGUCCACACGGGAGAAAGGCCAUUCGCCUGUAAUCACUGCGUGAAGAGGUUCUCUGAGAGGAGAUACCUAAGGAUACACCAGCAGAAAAUGCAUUCCACUGUUUAACAUAAAAGUUACAAUUCCACUCGAUAGCUACCUGCCUAGCUAAGUAAACAACAGCAGGAAUAAUCUAGCUAGCUGUAAAGUUUACAAGUAUCCCCACUAGCUGGCUACUAGACGACCAAUAUAACAGUUGGGCCUAAAGCUUUUUGUUGGGACCCAAGGCAAGCAACUCUUGCCUGUAUCAGUAUUGGACACUAGCUAUAAUGUGGACCAAUACUUUUGUAGCAAUAUAGCUACCUACUAAUAUAAUGGCCCAAAUUAUUGCACAUUGUUUUGAUAAACCGUUUAGAAUAAGGCUGUCAAAUCUGUACCAAAUGCAUUGCCUAUCAAUUAGGGCUGGGCGAUAUAUAAAAUUAAUUUGAUUAAUUCGA